UACGCCUUGAUGCCACUUUCUUUAUGUAGUCAUCUUUGUACCUUGAUAUGCCCCCAAAAUCCCCCCUCCCCCUCCUCCACACUUGAUACCCUUUGCGAUCAUUCUUCCUGGCCCCAGUCUACCAUCCUCUCUUACAAUCAUCGUGCCAUCCCCUUUCGAUUCUCCGUCGGCAUCGACAUGUAUUCAGAAACGCUUUGUUACACUUGCUGAUUCACUUACUUUCUUCUUCCUAUUGCUUUUCUUUCCUUCUUUCUUUCCUUGUUUCUUUUGUUCUGGUCUGGUUGGGUAGGGUGGCGGGCGUACAUUUCUCAAAUUCAGCGACUCUUCCUCACAACAUGCGAAUACCUUCAAUGUCUUCAGAAAAGAGGUGGAAUCCAAUCACUCCCGAUGACAAAUCGACGGCGAUACGGAUAACAACAUGGGCAACACUGGGUGUCUUGAUCAUAAUGUUCUUGGCUAGGCAAACUAUCAAAUACUCAGUAGUGAGAAAGGCCGGCAUCGACGAUCUUUGCAUCCUCUUCGCAACGAUAUUCGCCAUCGGACUGUCUGUUACGAAUCUCAUUCUCGCUGCCGAUGGCCUGGGAAGGUCUGAAAUUCUUACGAAUAAACGCGCAAAUGCUCUCAUGAAAGCCUACUAUGCCUCCGACUUUCUCUACAUUCUCGCCUUAUGUUUUGCGAAACUUACUCUCAUCACCUUCUUUUGUAGCAUCGUCGUCCAACGCAAAGAGAGGCGGAUCAUCCAAGGGUUCGGUAUCUUCAUCACGGCUUGGUCUUUGGCAUCUCUGGUCGCUGUGGCUUUCCAAUGUGGGCUUCCAAGACCGUGGGAGGUGAUGACGCUGCACUGCUAUAACCGGGGCGUCUUCUGGAUCAUCUACUGCAUUAUUGAUAUGACAAGCGAGGUUGGCCUUGUCAUGCUAUCGGUCAACCUGGUUGCAUAUCUCAAAGUCAAGUUUUCGCGAAAGGUUAUUGUCGUAGCAUGUUUCGCACCUCGCAUCCUCGUCAUCGCUGCCGCCCUCGCUCGCCUGAUUUACUUCUUUCCCAUCACGCCACACGACAAUCCCGAGUUCAACCUAUGGGUCCCAGUCAUUUGUACACAAAUCCAAGUGUGUUUGAGCAUUUCCACCGCAUGCGUUCCCUACGUUAAAUGCAUCUUCGAAGGAAUCGAGGAUUCGCGCAAGAGGAGGACCGCGUCGAGGAGUUGGCAAGCCAUUGGAUCCAACUCUGGCUAUUAUGAGAAAGGACAUAAGAAGGGCAAGGAAGCAUGGUCGUUCGACUCCGCCGCUACACUGGGCUUGAAGUAUGGAAGAACACCCGAUGCAUCGCCCAGAAUCCCCAGUCCUCCACCGUUGAGUCCACUCACUCCACCUCGAUUGGGGUCUCCAUUCUCUUCAAACCGCAAUUCCAGGAGUCCAAGCGAGCGGGGACUGAAACUCCACAUCCCGCCUCCCCAGGCUCGCACCACCACGACUGAUGUCAUUAGCCCUCAAACCGCGAGCCCGCACGUCCUCUCAUCGCCAGAGAUCUGGUCUGCAAAUGGUUUGCUCUCUCCACCUCCAUUUUCGAGAUCGUUCAAGCAGCCGGAUGCCUCCCCGCGGCCCCAUACCUCACGGCCUAGGCGUCCAUCGUGUGCGCAUCAAGAGUGCAGCCAUGGUUCUCAGCCUGUCUCGGGUUCGAAUUGUCCAGACCACUCUGUCAGUCCUGUGCGACAGCAGCCAAAAUACACGGUGUUUCCCCGCGGACCGACUGCUCAAUACUCCUUGAUUCCUCAAAUUGCACCUACGCCGCCUCCGACAAUACCGCGCACAAGGCUGGGUCGAUCACCACAGAGAGUUUCGAUACAUCGAAUGCAACCAAACACAGCAAAAAACAUCAACAUGGAUCCUCCCCUUCCUCCCCUUCAACAUCCCCCUCGAACAUCAAGCAGACCAAGCAAUGAAAUGCAGCCCAAGUUCAGUACCGGCCCAGACCCAGGCCAACGAAUCUCUACUGCUACUGUGUCAUCUCAUGGCACCUCGCGGCGACAAACACAAAGCGGCGUGCCAACGAUACCGUCGUACUACCUGAAUACGCCUCCAGAGACAUCACCUCCUACUUUCCCCUUGCCUCAGCCACCAAUCAACCCUCACCGCACCUCACGGAAUCAACGUAUCCUCACCCCGCAAAACUCAUCACGCAAAGACCAAAUGAGCCCCGUCAGUCCAUCAACCCCGGGCGCUCCUCCACUUUUCUCCCGUGACGGAUCGAUCAACGAGCAUGGGAAGAUGCGAGCAAACCGACCCUGGGACUUCUACUCCGACGAGCCCGCGGAGCCCAUGCCCGUCGUCCAAAAGAUGAACAACAGAGGCAGCCCGAGGCUCAUCAUAAAACGACCCGAAUGAUCCAUUACAUUCAAACCUUUUCUCCAAACCAGAAGACCACACAUUCUUCUUCUCAUUUGUAUUUCUUUCAACUUUUAGCAUCACCGGUUUGGGAUUGGCAUCUGCAUGGAACGGCGUAUUUUUGAUUUGACAUGCCACCUUCUAAGAGACCGAGCAUCAUGUUCGGCUUUAUUACACCUAUUACUUUAAUGUCCCAUAGCGAUUUUUGGAUACCCUGACAUCAGUCCAUGUAACAACAGCAUCUAUAUGAUAGUAUACCAACCAUGUAACAACAUAUCAAAUACAUAAAUGCCGAAGGCAUUACCCGU